UUCGUCUACCUCGCGGUCUACCUUCCCGGGUCCUCUCUUUCUCUUUCUCUUUCUCUCUCUCUCCCUCAUCCGGAAUCUCUAGCGUCGCGAGAGCGGCUGUGGGACGCGCACACGCACACGUACGAUAGAGAGAAGGAGAGCCGACCAACGCGGACGUACCCCCCGACCCUACCACUCGCUUUCUCACCCCGUCGUCCCCCACCCCUUCCGGCCGCGACUCUCUCUCCCCCGUCUAUAUAGUGCAAAUCUCGCGGCGGCUGAAUGUUUUCUUAAGGGAUUCUUCCCACGACGCGACGCGACAUUCCGUAGAGCGGAGUCGACCGGGGGAUUUCGCGAGUGUGAUUAAUCAAGCCUGUCCGUUUUCGAAUGUGAGGAUCGAGUAAUUGUGCAACGUUUCUCCAGGAGGCCGAGACACGACGCUCUCGGCGUCCCGCGAGGGGAAGAAGAAAAACGGAGGAAAAAAAACGAGACGGACGCGUACAAACACAUACAAUACAUCGUGUACGUAUGAACGAGCGGUGAAAUUCAAGUAAGAGCCCGGAGGCGGCGUUCCUGUGGGGGGUGACGUCGCGUUGUCUCUCCCACGGAGAAAGAGACAGAAGGAGAGAGAGAGAGAGAGAGAGGGAAAGAAGGAGAAAGAGAGAGGGAUCCCGUUUUUAUUCCCGUCCUGUCGGGAAAAGACGAUCCGGCACGUCCAGUGUCGUCGGUCGCGCGCGCGUCCCGACAAUUAACUCGCCCAGUGUCUCGUCCGUCGUCGUCCCCAUCGUCGCCCGAUUUCGGCGGCCUCGACACGUGAUUACGAAUUCUCGGGACGGCAUCGUCGUCUCGUUUGUUUGCGGCGAGGACGGCGGCCGCCCGGCGAUAAUAGGUUCCGAUGGCGCGUUGUUCCUCCUACUCCUGCCUAUAAAUGCGAUUUGUCUAUCACUGAACUACAAAUUCAAACAGUAGCAAAACUAUGGAUUCAGGGAGUAACUUGCCCAAUCCGGGCAAUUAUCCUGGAGGUGAUCGCCAACAGUUUUGUGUCUCUUGGAAUUCCCACCAGUCCAACAUGCACAGCGCAUUUCCAAAGUUGCUGAGCUCGGAGCAAUUUGUGGAUGUGACUUUGGCUUGCGAUGGAGGCUCGAUAAAAUGUCAUAAAGUUGUACUGUCCGCCUGUAGCGACUAUUUGGAGCGCCUGUUGUUGGAAAUACCAUGUACUCACCCUGUUAUCUUCUUAAGGGACAUGAAAAUGUGGGAACUUCAAGCUCUGGUCGAAUUUAUGUACCGUGGGGAGGUAUAUGUCGAGCAACAACAACUUGCUACAUUGAUGCAAGCAGCAGAAGUUUUGCAGGUUCGUGGCUUAUCUACUCAGGGAUGCGAUAACUCGUCGAAUGAGAGCAAUACACAAUCGUGUGAUUCUAACGCACCUGUCACUCCGUCGACACCUACUCCUGGUGACAGUACUAAUUAUAAAGCUGAUAAUACUUCAUCCAAUGAUGAUGGAAGUACCUCUGAUUUCCUCUCAUGUACGACAAUGGCGGCGACUAGCACAGGCAACAAUUCGUCCACCAUCACCCCUGUCUCAAACAAUCCCAAUGCAUCCAACUUUGUAAACAUGGAACAUAGCGAGGCGUUACAACAUCUAGAAAAGGCUUUAAGUUCUUGUGAAGCAACUCUCACUGAAACUCAGGGUAUGGUGAAGAUGGAACCGGACGAACAGUUCUCUCAGCAGCAUGAUGUCAAACCAUAUUCCAUUAGUAUGGUACCCAGUAGUAAUUGUAAUCCUAGCAGCCCAUUUCCUGCAAUCGAAGGUUAUCAGAGACGACAAAGGCGUUCGGAAGAAGAACUCAAGCUAGCUUCGGAUAUGGUGUCGCGUGGCAUGACAUUUCAAGUAGCCUCAGAAAAGUACAAGAUACCGAUCAGCACAAUUCGAUUUUACAUGGUCCGAAAGGGCAUUCUACAAAGGCGAAAACGCGGUCGUGGCUCCAGCAAUCUCGGCGUUAACAGUCAACCGGGUAGUCCGGCCAGUCCACCGUAUCAUAUGAUGAGUUACCGUUUGCCGGAGAGCCUAAAUUCCAGCCUACCGUAGUGCUGUACAAACAAGUAGUGAGUUUUUAGACUUGAGUUUUGAAUCGAACAAAUUUUUUAUCUCUGUAUUCAUAGAGCUGUUCUGGACGUAUCGAUAUAUUUUUAACUCCCUUGCACUGAAAGUUUAUUUAUAUUUUAUAUUAUUAUUUUUUUUUCUUCCAAUUAGCACUUCAUUAUUCAUUCGCGACUCAGUGAUACGUUUGUGCAUUGAUUAACAGGAUCUCCAUAUUAUAUAUACAGCAUAUAGAUGUAUUUCCGCAUUUUUAUGCUAUCGUCGAUCGUGUAUACAUGAUAGAGAUAUAAUUUGUGUCUCGAACAGCUCCGCUCCAUGUAUAUAAACAGAUACCAUAUGUAAAAGUUCGGACACAGCAUUAAGUGAAAUAACUCGCACAUCUUAUCACAUUUAUGUUGAAUUCAGUAUCCUCAGGAAGACUGUCCACUUUUUUUUUAUAUGUAUUUUUAUAUUUUUAUUUUUUUAUAAGUACAAGGAUAUAUUAUGUUGUGGAAUAUGCUAUGUUUCAUAAUUUAUUGGCGCAUAUAGGGCUACAUACACUUGACCAAAUAAAAUAUAGUAUGGAUAAUAUUGCGCAAGAACUUCAUGAACUCAAAUCAUUAUGAAUUAAUAUUGAUAAUAAUAAUUCCAUACUUAUAAGUACUUGCAUUAUAUAAUGCUAAAAAUCAAAAGAUAUUAGAGAUCGUGCAUUUAACUAAAAUUAUAUUUUAGAUCUUAUUUUGAAACUUUUUUUUAUAGAAGAUAAUCAUAUACAUAUAAAUAAGCGCACUUAGUAAGAUUAAUGAUGAGACAGAAAUGUUCCAUGCAAUAUAAAAAUAUUGAUACAAAUGACAAUUUUCUUUAUGCUGUGGACGAACGUUGCGCGUAUGGUUGAUUCUCAGCCGUGUUCCGUUCUUCUACUUAGUGACCAAUGUAGCUAGGCUGCAUAUGUGAAUAGUGUGAGAUAUGUUUUUGGAUCUUACAUCAAUCAGUCGCUCAUAGCG